AUGGAACUCAAUGGUACGUUUAUUGGGCAACACCUCUUGGAUUUCACAUCCAGUGCAACUAUUGGCAAGAUUUCGGUUGCUCACAAGUGGGAUAGAGUCUUACAUCGUUUGAAGCCUCUGGCUGUUCCAGAUUCGACAGUUUUGGGCAUAGAAGACAAUUCCGGCUACGGUUAUGACUUCAAUGUGGUUCAAAUUAUUACUUUUUUGUACAAAUCCAGGCUACAUCUUCAUAGACACUAA